AUGUUUGAGCUCCUGUUACGGGGGGGGGGGCGUAACAACACCCCCACCCCCAGGGGAGCUACCCAGGGAGAAACCCCCGGCCCAGGCAACCGCCAAACCCUCCACAGCAGCAGGGUCCAGACCAUCCCAAGUAACCAAACCCCCGGCAGGGCAACCGCCACACAGCAGCAGGGCCCAAGUAACCACCCAGCCCAGUCCCCACAGAGAGGCCGACAACCAUCCCAGAGCCACCGGCGACACCCCCGCAGCAGAACUGACGCCACUCCCCCAGACCACAGACCCCCCAUCCAGCCCUGCAGGGCCAGGGACAGAGGCAGUAGGGGCUGUCCUCAUGUGGCCAGCUUCCUGACUGGCCCUGAAACUUACCCCCAUCACUGUCCCCACCUGGCCAACAAGCCAGGGACCGGCCCAGGGGCCCACCCGAACACCCAAGGGAGCCACCAGAGGACCCGAGACGGAGGCCCACCACCCAUGCGGGAGCAGGCCAGGAGGACAGCGACCCCCCGUGCACGGCAAGCCCCCAGCCAGGGGCCCGGAGCCGGGACAUCAUGGACCCACCCACGCCCGGGCGGCCAGCCCGACCAAGCAGGGGGCCCCCCACCCCCAGACACCCAACAUGCCCCCCCACCCCCUCCCAUCCCUCCCCGGGGGCACGCCUGUCCCAAGACGCCACAGCAGGCACCGACCUGCCCCCCCAGGGCCGGGCCCGGGCAGGCAGGCACGACCCCCCCCCAUUUGCGCACAGCCCCCAUGCCGGGUGACAGCACGGGCCCCAGGCCACCAGGCCCCAAAGCCCCAGACCCACCCGCACUAGCGAGACAGCCCAGGCAGGGCCCAAGGGCCACCAACCCCCCCAGAGCACCCCCCCACACCGAGGAGGCAGAGGCCCCGCACCCCCCGACCCCGCCCGCGGCAACCGGAAUCCACCGCCACCAGCCCAGAAGUCAGGGCGGCGAAGCCCUGACCCCCAGCAACACUAUGUAA